AUGAAUCGGAAAGACAGCAAAAGGAAGUCCCGGCAGGAUCUUCAGCACCAAACCCUGAGCAGUAACGGGGUCUUCAUCACAGCCAAGGGCCGGCCCAGGCAGAGCAGGCGGCGCAUGACCUGCCCCUCUCCGGCCGAGAUAAACAAAGCCAUGGUGGCCGUGACGCUGGCCCCGCUCGGGAAGGGCUGCAGCCUGGAGGAGCUUCUGGAGAAAUGCGUCCAGUCGUUUGAUCUGGAAGGGCAGCUGUGGAGGAACGAGGACACGGUUCAUAUGACUCUGGUGAUGCACAGCUGGGUGGUGCCGUCGGCGGAGUUCGCACAGAAGCUUCUCCAGAUAUAUCCUUCGCGGUCUACGUAUAAAGACGCCGCUCAGAACCACACGAGGAUCGCCGUCUGUCACCUGGCCAGGUUUUGGAUCAGCCAGUACCCGGAGAUGUUCCGCCUGGACGCCCAGCUGGAGCAGACGAUGGCCGAGUUCUGGGAGGUGGUGGAGGAAGGAAGAGGCCGAUGCCCCGGAGCCAUCCCCAGCUCGCUCGUCCUCGAACCGGACGCCUCGAAGCCGCUCCAGGAGUCGCCGAGUUUCAAUAAGAAAAGGAAGGUGUCCCUGCUGUUCGACCACCUGGAGCCGUCGGAGCUGGCCAAUCACCUCAGCUUCCUGGACUUCAAGUGCCUCUGCCGGAUCACGCAUUUGGACUAUCGCAGCUACACCAUGCAGACGCCCCUGCAGGAGAUCCCUCGCCUCGCCCGCUCGGUCGCUCUGUGUAACAGCAUCUCUCAGUGGGUCCAGAUUAUGAUCCUGAAUCGCCCGACGCCCCAGCAGCGCGCCGAGGUCUUCACUAAAUUCAUCCAGGUCACGCAGAAACUUCGCAAACUGCAGAAUUUUAACACCCUGAUGGCGGUGAUCGGAGGGUUGUGUCACAGCGCCAUCUCCCGCCUGAAAGAAACGCACGGUUUCCUGUCGCAGGACGUCCUGAAGACGCUGAGCGAGAUGACGGAGCUGCUGUCGUCCGGCAGUAAUUACAGCACGUACCGCAGGGUGUAUCACGAGUGCGCCGGGUUUAAGGUCCCCGUCCUCGGCGUUCACCUGAAGGAUUUGGUGUCUCUGAACGAGGCUCUGCCGGAUUAUCUGACGGACGGAAAGAUCAACGUCAGCAAAUUACACGGACUUUACCAGCACCUGCUGGAGCUGCGGCAGCUGCAGAGCGCCCGGCCGCCGACCAAAGCCGACAAGGACGUCACCUUACUGCUCACCUCCUCCCUGGACCUGUUUCACACGGAGGACGAGAUCUACGCGUUAUCGUACAGCCGCGAGCCGCGCAGCCACAAGCCGCAGCCCACGGUUCCCUUCAAGACCUCCACGGACAUCGCGCACUGGACCCCCGAGACCCCCGGCCCGCAGGACGCCGAGACCCUCAGUCACAACGUGGAGCAGAUGGUGGAGACGGUUUUCCAGUUUUAUGACCCGAAGCGCCGCGGCUUCAUCUCCGUCGAGGACUUCGAUAAAAUUGUCGCCAACCUGCCCUUCUCCUGCCACAUCCUGGAAAAGGAGCACGAGGGCCCCGUCAGCCGCCAGGCGAUGGCGUCUUAUUUCAUGAAGGCCAGCCACGUCUGCUCCAAGCUGGGCGUCACGUUCCUGCGCAGCCUGCUGGAAGCUCGCCUCAGGAAGUCUCCGCUGUGCGGCAGCUGCAUCUGGGCCGUGGCCAAGCAAGGUUUGGACGCGGAUGGGAUGCAGAGCUGGAGCCGCGCAGGAGAAUCCCGGACUCCGCAGAGCAGAACCUUCCAGAAAUCCACCCAGACCGACGGAGGCAGCGAGGACGAGACCCCCGGCAGCGGCUCGGCGGCAGGACCCCCGGGGGAAGCCCCUCGGUGCGGGGACGCGUGUGGCAGCUCGCACGCUCUGUACGGACAAGUGAGGGAGAUGGAGAAGGAGAAGAACCGCCUGCUCCUGGAGAACGCCGGGCUGCAUUGCACCAACUCCCAGCUGUCUGCCGAGAACGCCCGGCUGCAGAGCCAGCUGUGUGCGCUGCAGGACCAGAUGCGCAUGCUGAGCCUGGACGCGGCCGCACAACCCGCCAUCGGGCGCAUCCUCGACACCAUCAACUCACUGCAUCUCUAGUGCGAGGGGCACCUGGGACUUCUACCCGGCGAGCG